UGUGACCAUACUGCAAGCCUUCCUCGUUGGAAAAAACCUUUCCACUUGUCAUAAACAGAUGGUUUAAGGGCUAAUGUCUCUUUUACCUGUAAAGGGUUAAGAAGCUCAGUGAACCUGGCUGACACCUGACCAGAGAACCAAUAGGGGGACAAGAUACUUUCAAAUCUUGGUGGAGGGAAGUCUUUGUUUGUGCUUUUUUGUUUUGUUCGCUGUUCGCUCUUGGAACUAAGAGGGACCAGACGUGCAACCAGGUCUUUCUCCAAUCUUUCUGAACCAGUCUCUCAUGUUCAAAAUAGAAACAGAGAUGAAGGUACACAUGCACUCAAAAUUUUGCUUCAUUUGUUUGCUGACAUUUAUCUUUCAUCAAUGCAACCAUUGCCAUGAAGAUGGCCAUGGCCCUAAAGAGAGCCAUGUACACAACCAUAAUGACUGUCAGAUCUCGGAGGCACCAUGUCUCCAGAAUGGAGGGGCAGAAUCCUCACCAAGUAGACUUUCAGUGCUGGAAGCUGAAAAUAAACAAAAAUACUACAUUGAAAAACUUUUUAUCCAUUAUGGUCAAAAUGGAAGAUUGUCAUUUUUUGGUCUUGAAAAACUGCUAACAAGCCUUGGUCUUGGAGAGUUAAAAGUAGUGGAGAUUAAUCAUGAGGAUAUUGGCCAUGAUCAUGUUUCGCACUUGGAUGCUUUAGAAGUACAAGAAGGAAAGCAUUCUCAUUCUCAUAACCAUCCUCAUUCUAGUAGCCACUCAGGUCCAGAAAACCAAACUGUGAAUGGUAUAUCUACAAAGAGAAACUAUAAAUGUGACCCUGAAAAAGACACGAUAGAGUCAUCGGUGAAACCUACCAUUAAGCGUGUUCGUGACAACAAUCGCCGCCGCCACCACCACCACCACCAUCAUCAUCAUCAUCACCUUGACCAUAAUGGUACUCAUCAUACUCAUAAUGAUUCAGUCAGUCAGAGUGAACAUGGAGAGCCAAGUCAUGAACCUUCAACAGAGACAAACACUACCCAAGAACAACCUGAGAGAAAACUACAGACACGUAAGAACAGGCGAAAGGGAAAGAAAUUCAGUGAGACAUCAGUAGAUACUGCACAAGAUUUUGCUCAAGACCAUGAUCCAGGUGAUCAACAUAAGCACAAUCAUGUUAAUAAACAUGAUCAUGUAGACGAUGCAUCUCACUCACAUGUACGCCAUAAUGACCAGGCCACCGGUCAUAGACACCAAGAUCCUACUCCUGGUAACGAGGAUGGACAUCGCCAUACCAGCAAGCGUGAAGCGCCUCAUAAACAGAUUAGUGUAAGAAACAUCUUUUCAACGCAUAGUCACAAGGAUCACAGUGAGGAUGAACAUCAACGUGAAGAGUGUUUAAAUGUCACUCAACUACUGUGGUACUAUGGUCUUGGAACCAACUCCCCAAUAUCUCCUGACUUGUUUACGUACCUGUGCCCUGCAUUGCUGUAUCAGAUUGACAGAAGACUUUGUAUUGAGCAUUACGAUAAUUUGCUGGUUGAAGACUUGAAGAAAGAUAAAAGUGAAGCAGCUACGAAUAAGGAUAAAAUAGGUGCAUCAGCCUGGCUUUGUGGUAUCAUUUCUAUCACUGUCAUUAGCCUGCUCUCCUUGCUAGGUGUGAUCUUGAUACCCAUCAUUAACCAAGGGUGCUUCAGAUUCCUUCUAACCUUCCUGGUUGCUCUUGCUGUUGGAACACUGAGUGGAGAUGCACUACUCCAUCUGUUGCCACAUUCGCAAGGAGGCCAUAACCACAGUCACCAUGAGGACCACGGUCAUAUUCACGAGCACAGACAUUCUCAUGGACAUUCCCAUGGGCAUGGAACAGGAAAUGAAAGCUUUCUGGAAAAAUAUGAUGCAGUAUUGAAAGGGCUCGUAGCUCUUGCCGGCAUUUAUCUUUUGUUCAUCAUUGAACACUGUAUAAGAAUGUUUAAGCACUACAACAAACAAAAGUUUUGUUACAAACUAGACACUGACAGUUGUGUGUUUCAGUCUAAACAGAAGUGGUGCAAGGAAAAACAGAAGACUGAAGAAUCGCCAAUUGGAAGGAAGCUUUCAGAACACAAACUGAAUAAUAGGUCAAAUGCUGACUGGCUUCAGCUCAAACCCCUGGCAGGUGCCGAUGACUCAGUUGUAUCUGAAGAUCGACUUAAUGAAACUGAACUAACUGAUCUAGAUGGCCAGUUGGAAUCCCCUCCUAAAAACUUUCUCUCUAUAGAAGAUGGAAACCAUGUGCAUCAUUCUCACAAUGACAUCUCUCUCUCUGUUCACGGCCAUGGUCUUCAUGAUGCAGAAUAUGAUGACAACCAUAGAGAGGAUAAAACAGCUAGGAAACACAACCAUCACUGGCAUCACAAACAUUCUCAUGGUCAUUGCCAUUCUGGAAAGGACCUGAAAGAUACUGGAAUUGCUAAUAUAGCUUGGAUGGUAAUUAUGGGAGAUGGCAUCCACAAUUUUAGUGAUGGUUUAGCAAUAGGAGCAGCUUUUAGUGCCGGAUUGACAGGAGGAAUUAGUACAUCUGUAGCAGUGUUUUGUCAUGAGCUUCCCCAUGAAUUAGGUGAUUUUGCCGUGCUGCUUAAAGCAGGUAUGACAGUAAAGCAAGCCAUUGUGUACAACCUCCUAUCUGCUAUGAUGGCUUACGUAGGGAUGCUGAUAGGCACAGCUGUUGGACAGUAUGCCAAUAACAUCACUUUAUGGAUCUUUGCAGUCACCGCGGGCAUGUUCCUUUAUGUUGCAUUGGUAGAUAUGCUUCCAGAAAUGCUUCAUGGAGAUGGUGAUAAUGAAGAACAUGGAUAUUGUCCAGUGGGGCAGUUCGUUCUCCAGAAUUUAGGCUUGCUCCUUGGAUUUGCUAUCAUGCUGGUGAUUGCACUGUAUGAAGAUAAAAUUGUGUUUGACAUCCAGUUCUGACCAUUUCCAGAAAUUGCUGUGGUUACGAUGUUACUGUAUGGCUUUGAGUCUGCACUGUUGUACUGUAUGCACAUUGCUCAGAGAAAAGGCAGUGACUUGCACUACUACACAAGUACAGUCGAUUUGUUUCCACACAGAUUAACUUUUGCUGCUUGCUAACUAAAAUAAGACAUGGUGCACCUACCGCACCUUCCAGAUUCAAAUGACAGAAUUUAAGAAGGAAAUGUGCAUAUGAAAAGACAAAGUUGUGUGUGCUGCACAUGAAGCAUUGUGCAAAUGUUUACAAAUCAGCAGGCAGCGAAAGACCUAGUCUCUUCUGGAAAUGUCUUUUCACAUUACAGUUGAACAAAAUCUACAAAACAUUAAAGGUGAAAUCCAUCCCUCUGCAAUGGGCCUGCUAUGUAAUUCCCACAUAAGGUUUACAUGCCAUAAAUAUCUCCUGCUGGCCCUCUGCACAAUGAUGGAUGUUACCCUAAGACAAUUAAAUGCUACACUUAGCACCUGACUGGAAAAACUGUGUUUUUUGAACUUAAAAAAAUCUGUUUAAAACAUCUUGGUACAUAUUAAACUGCAUUUCAUCGUUUUAAAGUUCGUGUUUAAGGAGGCAGACUGUUGCAAUAUGCACAGGUCUGUGUAAUCGGCUGCGAAGAGCUAUAUUCCAUUGAGAAUCAGUUUUCCUGAUUUAAGAUUUAUUUGAUGUUAGGUCCUUGCUAUUGGUAGGAAAAUAAAGUAGAGUUAGUAUUAACUUGGGGAGGUAGCUCAAUCGGUAUAAUAUCAAUAUCAGAAGGUUAAUGGGCUAUUCCUGAUUCUUUGUUUGAGAAGCUAAACAUUGGGUGCCACUUACAACCUAAACUACUGAUAAAUUGUGGCUGUGAGUUUGUGCAAAUGCACUUCUAACGAAGGAUCCAUAAUGGAAUUCCUCAGUUUUAACAGUUCAGUUUAUUUUGGGAUUCAAUUUUUUUCUCCUUUUUACAGUAAUAUCUUCUGAAAUCCAAUGUACUGAACCCGGAUACAAAGAUUAUAAAAUAAUAAUAAUAAUGCCCUGUAUAUGUAGUACUGGUGGGUCAUUUACAAUGCUGUAAUAUCAGGUCUGAAUAUAUUAAUUCCAUGCCUUGGCAUCAGAGUUUAUAGCACCAGCAUUGCAGGCAAUAGACUGUGUGCUAGAAGAGUCUCACUUCCAGCAUAAAGGAGUUAAUAUUUUUUAACAUUUGUUAUCUUAGGUAUCUAGGGUAUAUAAAUGCAGCUGUCAUUGAAUUACCGGUACGUGAGAGUUGGGAGGAUAGGGUGAACCAUCCGAAUUCUUAACCUAAUAGAAUCAGUUUAUUGUUGCUUACUGCCGAGAUGCUUGUAUUGCCAGAUGUGAAUUAGUUUCUUUUCUCCCCUGCUGUCCUAUUAAAAUUGUGAAUUUGUGCGAUGUACAAGCCCUGUGAAUUCUGCAGUCUGAUUUGAUAAUCUAGGACCAAUCCUAAGCAUGGUGGUGGUCUUUUUUUAACUUGCUAUUCUAGUUUUUGUUUUUAUGUAUGCUAGGUAAGCUGUAUUUUGCUGUAUACUGUCAAGUUUUGUUUCAGUCUGCUUAGCAUCAGUGUCCUGCUAAAAUUGCACUGGUUUAACAUCUUAACGAGCCAGUCAAUAUCGUCAUUCUGGUUUAAAAUUAAUCCCUGUUCCUGUUCCUCUUUACUUUUGACCCUUCACUUUAGCGAUAUAGUUGUUCCUUUUUCUCGGCCAUUCCCUUCCCCCCAGGAACAGUCUGUACAUUUUAAAGGUAUAAGUUGACUCCUGCCAGUAUUUGUUCCUAUUGCAGUAUCAAGAAACUGACAUAUACAGUAUUAAGUGUUCAUUCUAUAAAAGGUGUGGCUUCCUCAGUGAAGACGUCAAAGUCAGGGGUACAAUUCUGCAGUCCUUGGUGCACAAAACACACUGAACUCAGUUGGAAUUUUGCACAGAAAAAGACUAGUUCAGACCCUAAUUAGCACAGACAUCAUCUCAUUUAAUGUUUAGAGUGGAUUUUUGUAACAAAUAUGCUAGGUAAAAUUUUCAAAAGCAACUAAAUGAUGUAGGAGUAUAAAGAGAUGUCUACAGUACAGUGGCACAGCUGCACUGCUGUUCUGUAGACACUUGCUACAGCGAUGGUUUUUCUGUCAUUGGUAAAUAAAGAGGCAGUGGUUAGGUCACCAGCAGAAUUCUUCGGUCAGUCUAGCAGCGUCUAUACCAGUGCUUAGAUCAGUCUAACUAAAUCUCUUAUUUCACAUCCCUGACCAACGUAGCUAGGUCGAGCUAAGUUGUAGGUGUAGACCAGGUUUUAGGAGCAUAAGUGCCACUGAAUUUCAAUGAGACGAAGGUCCAGAUACUCAAAGGUAUUUAGGUGCCUAACUCCUAUUGAAAUUAGUGGGAGUUAGGCCCAGAGCCUCAAAGGUAUUGAGUGGGCUAAGUGCCCAAUUCACAUUUGAAAAUGGUACUAAGGUACUAACUUUCCAGAAGACCUUUUUCCCACUUGGAAAAACAUGGUCAUAUUAAAGCAUUAGAUAUUGCAUUUUCCACUAAGAAUGGAAUUUGUUUCCUUGUUUACUACUGUUGUGAUUGUGAAGAGCAAUAUAACAGCUGUGGCUUCUGUAGGUUUCCACCAGUGUUAAUUUCAAACCAAUUCAAUGUAGUUUUAUGUCAAGUUACAGACAAUCUGAAUUUCAGUAUACUUGGCUUCAGCAUUCCAUUCUGCUUGAAUACAGUCUCAUUUAACAUGUAUUCGUUGGAGGGCAUAAAUGUUACUUGUAUAUUACAAUGCUGUCACUGUGUGACAUCCCAUAUGAAUUUUGAUGUAGAUCACAUUGCACUCAAUCAGCAGUGAUUAUGCUUAGAAAAUACUAUAGUAGCUAGAUGCAGUGUGAAUUUUUUCCAUUAUGGUUUAUAGUUUAAAAAUGUGAUUAUGGUCCUACAAGAUACUUGCUGAGCUAUAAAUCUUUUUUUGUUAUAACUAAAUCAUUUAAAUAAUUUUUAUAAAGCUGGGAAUGAUCAACUGCUGUUUGGUUCAUUGUCAGCACUGUUGUGUUCAUUUUAUGUAUGUUCCUUAUUUAUAAGGAGCUUCAGAAAAUAAAAUUAUUCAAGGAGCAAA